GGAACGGUAUCAAAAGUGAGAAUAUCAAGAGCUGAGCGUGACACUAGAGACCAAAGCCCAGAUAAUGCAGGUCCUUCCUCUGGUUAGAUGUUGAAAGGGGAGUGGUCUGAUGAGAUCUGAGGCGAAUGGACUCAGCGCUCAGACCACAACUUCCUCCUGGGUGUAUGGGUAUGCAACAUUCAAGUCUUCACGCGAGCUCACAGACAAACCACCUUCACAGCGUCCUCCUUGCCCAGCGCAGCGCUCUGCCAUCUGAAGUCCGACGAAUACGCCCGGCGGGCCGCCAGCGUGUGUGUUGAGUUUCCAUUGCCGCGGCCAUGUGGGGCAGAAGCCCGUUACUAACCGCUUUUCCUCUGUGGAUGUGUUGGGGAUCUGUUGCUGCUUUUGGAGAGCCUCAGAUCUGCUAUGUGCUGGAUGGUAUUCUGUUUCUGUACGGGGUUGUGCUGACAGCUCUCUACUGCAGACUCAAGCUCUGUAAUGCUAGGGAGGAGAAAGAAGCAAAGACAAAAUCGAUGCCUGAAGAGGGUAUCUAUAAGGAUUUGAUGCCGCACACCCAGGACACAUAUGAAACCAUCGGCAUGAAGAAGUGACACCAUGAGAGAAGAACAGACCAAGAUGUUUUCUUUUCAAUACCUUUUGAAUAUUUAAAUGCUGCAUAUCUUACCCUGUAAUAUAAAGCGAUCUUUUUUUAAUUUUAUUUUAUUUGCAAUGGCUCUCAUUGCCUUAUGGCUUUUUUUUUUAAAUCUAAGAAGUACCAGGCGGAGAAUUCUGAAACAGGGAAGGACAAAAAGGAGCAAUAAUAUAGGAGGAACGAAGAAGGGGAAUUCUCUGCUUUAAAAAAAAAAAAAAGUGCUCCUCAAGAUUUUAUUGCUCUGUUGCACAUAUUAUAUU